AUGGCGCACGACUCCGCCGUUAAAAAAGUUGCAAGUUGGGUGCAUCCGGAACUGGCACCAAAUGGUUCAUCCACUGGCAAAGCGCGUGUGCCCAGCCAAAAACCCUUCAGCAGCACAGCGGAAAAGAAACCCCGAUUGAGUGAACAUCCUAAGCCACAAUACUCGGCGCACUCAGAAUCCUCUGACACAGGUGAAAUUAAUGUCAACGUUACGGAUGUCACUAAAGCCGGUCUUGAAAAGAAAGAACUGUUUUAUCGGCGAAUAAUUGCACCACUCUUCCCCGCGUUAUUGGAUGGAUUUUUGAGAUUGGAUUGA